UGAAGAAAUCUGUGUGAGGAUAAAAACUUUAGAUAAUAACACAUUAGAUAUUCGUAUUAAAUAAACUUAAACUAUUAAUGAUCUUAAAAAUUUAAUUGAAAUAGUAAAUUGUCAUAUUUAGCAAAGGUCUCAACCAUUCCAUCAUCAAGAUAGAGAUUAUUGUUUAAAGGAAGGUAACUUAAUAAUGAAGAUACUUUAAUUUCUUUGAAUAUCGAGGAUUAAUGUGUUGUUCAUUUAGUUGCCAAUAUGCCUGAAUUUGAAACAUCACCUUUAAACAGAGGUUUAUCAACUAGUUCAAUUGAUGAACAUGAUAACAGAAAUAGUUGUAUGUAUAUAGUAAAUAUAUAGUUGAUGUACAGGAGAGUAGAAGAAACUCUCGAAAAAAGGUUCUUUAAUAGAGAUUGCAUGGAUUUUAAUAGUUACCAACUAGGAAUUCACUACAAUAAAAUGUAAUGACAUUACACAAUCUUUUACAAUCAUUCAAUACAGUGCCUGAAGUUAUUGAAUAAGGCUAAAUAUUUGCUCAAAAAGACUUUGAAUUAGGUUAAUGGAUUGAUUUUAAAGAUUCUUAUGGGGAAUGGGUUGAAGGUUAUAUAGGAUAAAAAUAAUAAAAUCAGGUUUAAAUAGUACAUUAAAAUGGAGAAGAAUGGUUAGGAGUUCCAUCAAAUAGAUUAGCAUUAUUUAGAUCUCAUACAAUAUAAAAGAGUUAUCAUAUGUCUCCUAUUCUUAAUAAUCAUGAAUAGUAAUAGCUAUGGACUUUUAGUGAAUUACUUGGUUAAACAGCAAUGUUAUUAUCAAGAGCAGGAAAUAUGAUGUCAAGAUUAGCAGAUAGUGUAGAAGAUAAAUCUAUUCCAUAAAAUAAAAAGGCAGAUAUGUCUAAUCUUAUUACUGGAAUGAUAGAAGAAUAAAGAAGAAUAUAGGAGGAAAAAGUAGAAAAAUAAGAUGAUGUUACAUCUCUUAAAUCUAUGAAAUCUAUGAAAUCAGAUAAGAUUUCUAUUGAUUAUGAAACAUCUUCUAUUAAAUCUAUGAAGUAAAUUGUUUAUUUAUUUAGAUCUGAUAUCUCUAAAUUAACUACAUAUUUUAUUGGACAUAAUCAUAAUACAAUGAUGGCUGAAAAUAUCGCAGAAGAAGAAGAAAAUAGUAGUUAAGACAUGUCUGUUGAUAAUUAAAGAGAUGCUCCAAAUAUUUCAAAAGAAUUUAAAGAAAAUUAUGCUUAUUAUGAGACUUCUUUAUUGGCUGCUCAAUUAGCCCCUCUAUCUGAUCGUCUAGGCAGAUUAUUGUAAUAUUUUACAUCUAUUUUCUUAGAGUUGAUUUAUCCCCAUAUCUAGCUUUAAGUGGAGCCAAUAUUAACAAGUAUCUUUAUCUUAUAUGAAGUAUCUUUCAAAACCAUCCUAAUUCCAAUAUAUCCAAUUUAUCCAUCAUUACUAAUGAAGGCAGUCAAUAUUCUACUUAAGCUAAGUAAUAUUAUUUUCAAGUGCCUAUAUUGUUAACUCCUUUUGAAUUGCAUACACAAUCAUAAUCUGCAACGUCAGCUAAUAGAAUUGUUGGAGAUAAUGUUGAUAUAUUGAAUCAUCUAAACAAUAAUAAUACAAAUACAAGAUAAAAAAAAACAACAAAAAAAGAGGAAGAAGAAAAAUAAUAAUUUGUUAACUUAUCUAAAUAUAAACCUACAUAAUCAUAUCAUUAGUAAUACUAAUAAUAAUAAUAACAAUAACAAUAACAGUAGCAAUAACAAUAAUAGUAAUAGUAAUAGCAAUAAUAAUAAUACUAUAUUAAGGAAUCCAAUUUUUAAAAUAUCGAAUAAGAUGAUCCAUAGUCACUAUAAUAGUAUUAAUCAUUAAAGAAAUAAUCCACUGAUGGUUAAAUAAAAAAGAAAAAAAAAGGCAAAGAAGUAUCUUUUUCAGAAUAAAUUAAUUAACUGAAAAAAGAUAAAUAGUUUUGA